CAGCUGUCAGCGGUCGUUUUGUCAAAUAUUCACUUUGCUUUCGUUUAGGUUAGAAUGAAAUAUAAGCAAAAAUGUCUUUCAAAUUGAUUUGCGAGAGUUUAUUUUCCAAAAUCAAUCCAAUAAGCUUAAAAAAUGUGACAUCGGGUGCUAGUAAUUUCUACACAUCUGCUAUCGCAGCCGGAAAAAUCAAUCGAAUGAAGGAUCGAACAGCGUUGCUUCGUACUGUUGUUAAAAAAGAAGACGGAACAAAAGGUGCAACAUCAGUCGAUCUCGAUAGUGUCAUCCAAAACCAACAGUUUCAACGAUUCCCCGAUAUCGGACUGCCAGAUAGGACGUUUGGUGAUGUAGCAUUCAAGAAUUUGCCCGUUUGUCACAUUCGUGUCUCCAAGAAUAACACCAUCGUUAGUGUAACUGAUAACAAAGGCAAAGUGCUUGCCAUCAACACAUGCGGAAAGGAGGGAUACAAAAACUGCCGUAAGGGAACCAAUAUUGCUGGACAAGCAACAGCCAUUACAUUGAGCAAGGAGGCUCUCCAGAAAGGUAUUCAUACGGUGAAAGUUGUUGUGAGAGGUCUAGGGCCAGGCAGAGCCUCCUCCGUGAAAGGCUUACAGAUGGGGGGAUUGAACAUUGUCUCCAUAACAGACGCCACACGAGUAUCAGAUAACCCACCAAGAGCACGCAAGGCUAGACGAGUUUAAGGAAAGGUUGACGGAACAGUUGCACGAAUAGUUUUCAUUUUCUUGUAAAUAAAAAAGUAAAAGAAAAACACAGUCUCUGAUUUACUACCGCGUUGGUGUUAAAUUCAACUUUAUUUUGAGGUGUUCUGACAUAUUGAUGGUUACUUAUCCGUUUUAUGAUGUAUUUGUGUUUUAGCAAUAUUUUCGUGGAGUUUUUACUUUAUUCUCAGCCAUUUUUUUAGCCGAUUAUUCGAAUUCACUUGGAGAAAAAUCAAAGUCGUCAAUUUCUUCUUUUUGAUUUCUUUGCUUCUCCGCAUUAGCAAUGCCUUCGAAGAUAUUCACGUACUCCUCGAAGCUGAAAAAUGGAUGCAAGCGUUGAAUUUCAACGAAUAUGCCCAAGCUCAUUUGUUUGAAAUCGAUCGACGAAAAACUGCCACCCAAUUCUAUACGCAGAUUUCCCGGUGUCGCUUCAAUCAACUGUUUUUCGCAUGAUUUUUUGGCCCAUUUGAUGCAACUGCCAAAGAUGAUUUUCUGGCUGAGCAGGUUUUCGACCAGUUGAAGUACGUGAACAAGUGCUGAGUGAUCCAUUUCUGCGAACGCAUCCGAUUGUAAAACGCCAACUGGUUGGAGCGUAGCCAUGAUUGCGCAGCAUUGUUCUAGUUUCUGAAAACUGUACUUGAGUGCAAAAUCAAGCACCCAACACACAUUAUUUACAUUGACCUGAGGAUGGAGGUAGCUUGCACAGAUUUGCAUGACACCAUUGCAUUCGUAUUUGUCGGCCAAACGCAUCACUUCGCCCACAUUUUCCAUGUCGAUGUUUCCGUGCAUCUGAUAGAUGGUUUGUAGAAACAUUCCGAACGCCGUCGAUGCUGCAUCCACGAUUUCGACGUCACCCUCUUCUUUCGGGUCACCGUAGAACAUGGCUUUGAAAACAGAGCUUCCCGCCGCCAAAAUGAUUUUGUGUGCCGAAAGCCGCUUCACUUGGCCCGACUCAUCGAAUUGGAAAUACGCAUCAGCCGUGUCAUCCUUGUUUUGGUACAAACAAUUCAUUUGCUGAAACGAUAGUUUCGGUGCUAAUGUGUCCAUUGAUUGUGAAUGAAUUUUUACGCUAAAGAAUACUUUUAAUACGACACAAAAUAACCUAGUCUACCAAAUCGUUUCGAUGUCAGUUUAUCUAAUUGUGAGAGAAGCUGUGAUUUCGAUGACAACACAGGGAAGAGUAUGCGUAAUUUUGGCGGCAUUCGACACAAACACAUUCAUACGAUCGUUUUGUAUAGUUGGUGCGUUGCACAAUUGUCGACAUUACUUGGACAUAAACCUAUCAAUUGGCACAAAAAUGAUCCGUUCCUAAAAGAAUGGAAGAUGGAAAAAAUGUUUUUAACGCAAUGGCUACGAUUCUGACCUGUUUAAAUGGUCUUUUUUAUUAUUUUAUGUUAAAGAAACUGACUUCGAAUCAUUUAUACGCGAAAAAUCAAUCAUUGCUUCUCAAACUGAAAAAUGGACUACAAUGGCUAAGAUUGCCCACAUUUUUUUUUGCAAUUUUAAACAAAAUUAAAAACAAGAGCUGAAAUAAUAAUUUGUUCCUUCACAACUCCUCGAAAUGAUCGGGAGAUCUGUUGGAUAUUCGAAUCCAAGCAACCUCUUUUAUACUAGAGAAAUAGGAAGUGAACACAUUUUUUUAUCUUUUUUUAUUGCACACACGUAGAACUCAUUUAUAUAACAUUUUUAUCACCUGAACGUAUCAGCCUAGAACAAUGGAUUUGGGCUGUAAAAAGAUAGACAGUGCUGACAUGUUUAACUGUUAAGAUAGAAAGCCUGACAAUGUGCAAACAUCUAUGGAACUCGUUAGGUAACGAACUAGAUAUCUUUACUGUGUUAUAUCAUUGGUAUGUUACGUGAAAUUUACAAAUAGACAACUGUCGUUAACAGAGUGGUAUUUUUGUAUGACAAUUAAUUCACUUCGAUAUAAAUAGGAACCAAAACGUUGAAGGGGCAUCGACCUGAAUACUAUGAGCGUUAUAUUUGCCGUUGCAGGUGUGUGAUCACACCAAAUCACAACACAUAUUGAAAAUACGUAGAUGUUUUUAACGUUGCAUUCAGUCACAGUUUUUGGAGAAAAAUUUCAUUUCUUAGUUGGGCAUUCACCUUAAUUCAGUCGUAGAAAUUUUUUUGAUCGUAAAUUUAUUCAACUUGGAUCAUGGUUUUCGUCAGUCGAAUAUAUUUCAAAUUGAUAAUAGCUACUAAGUCAGAACAUUUGCAAAAGACACAUAGUCACUAUAGUUUAUUACUUUUAUUAUAACAAUGCUGGGCCCCAAAUAGAACUACGCAAAAAGUUGUCAUUUAUCGAAGAUCACCCUUCGGGUCGGUACCUCACAUCAAAUUUUCCUCCCAAACGAUUUCCCACAGUAGCGCUUUUCCGAGAAUUUUCCAACCAAAAAAUGCAUGUGUGCUGUGCAUAGUAAUAGUUUGGUGCGUAGGGUAACUUUUCUGAGACUUGUGGUAAUUAUACUCGUCACCAAAAGAUACCACAAACCUACCACAUUUUAUUUCUGUGUGUAAUGCUCACUGAAAUUCGCCACUGGUUAAUCAAUUGAAAUGCGAU